AUGAUGAGAGUUCUGGUCUUGCCCUUAUUCGCCCUUUUUUAUACAUUAGUUGAUGCUGUUGAGUUACCAUUAACACCAAAAACAUGUCAAGAAGUUUGCGUCACUAAAUUUGAUGGGGCUGAAGAAGAUGCGUGUUCCAGAGGUUGUGUUCUGUCAAACUUGAAUUCAUUAUUGGCAACAUUUACUUGUGAAGAAUCUUGUGAUGAUGUAUACAAGUCGGAUGUAAAGUUAGUUGCUGCUUGCAAAGUAGGCUGUUGUGCAACUCCGAGUCACACAUCUGUUGGGUUCCUACCAGUUCAAAACUUCUUUAGCACAUUCUUCGACAAGAUUCGUAAUAUAUUCGGAGGUGUGAAUAACGGUUCGGGAGCCAGUGUGGAUACCAAAGGUAAUAAGGUAGAGGGCGACACUGAUUCAGAUUCUGGUAAUCAUGUGAUCAUAUCACGCGUUCGCAUUUUCCAUAACUUUGCUCCAUAUGACGCACAUGAAAAUCCACUGGAUUCACCAUUCAAUAUAAAACCACUCUUUAGUUUGCGUGAAAUUAUUCCACAAGAUGAUGAUGCUUAUUUCAAAGCUGCAAAAAAUAAUGAUCAGAAUAUUAUUCGUAUACAUGCUGUCGGUGAUGAUGGUGAAUCAACCUUUCGUGAACACCAACCCACAUUUGUUAAAAAAGCUACUUACUUCUUCCGUCAUAUUAUGUUUCGACCACUUUUAUUACCACUACUUAUCGCAUUGCUGAUUGUGAUAUUAUUAUUAAUGGUGAAGUUAACUAUUCACGCUUGUCGUGUUCGUGAACAUCGGCACAUAGAGUAUACUCGUUUACCGACGUAUAUUGAAGCAAUGAAUGUGAAAGUCCCAUUGUACGAAGAUGUUAUAAAAUGUGAGAAGUCAUCCGAGAAAGGCCCAAUUGAUGCCUAA